CUCCAUGCUGAUGGGAGCUGUGCUGGCUUCACUCACUGGAGGAUUUAUUGUAGAUUUUAUUGGGAGACGUCUAGCAAUUGUCAUCAAUUCUGUAGUGUUCCUCGUUGGAGCCAUAAUGUUGGCAUUGGCACCAUCAUUUGCAGUACUGAUUGUUGGCCGUUUCAUUGUUGGAUUUGGGGUGUCCUUGUCUGCCAUUGCGGAGUGCAUUUACAUCUCUGAGAUAGCUCCAGCAAAAAGGCGUGGCUUGCUGGUGUCACUCAAUGAAGUUGGCAUCUGUGUUGGUCUUUUGUUGGCUUACUCAGUUAAUGUUCUCUUCAUUGAUUUAUCAAAUGGUUGGCGCUACAUGUUUGGGCUGUGA